AUGUGCAGAGUCGUUCAGAGGCAAGCCUUUCCGGCUGAGCAUUCUGCAAUGAGCAAGGGGGACGACAUCUGCAAGUCUAGCAAGCUACUCUCGCUUUCUCCAUUCAUGGACGACCACGGUUUAAUCAGGGUGGGCGGUAGACUUAAGAAUUCCGCGCUAUCGUUCGACGCACGUCACCAAGUAGUUCUUCCUCGUGACCAUAAUCUAACAAAACGCAUAAUAGAGUUCGAGCAUCUACGCAACAUACACGCCGGCACGCAGGCCACCAUGGCCGCGGUUAGGCAACGAUUUUGGCCGCUAUCUUUGCGUUCAUCCACUCGUAAAAUCAUCAAUAACUGCGUAGCCUGCUUCAGGGCAAAACCGGUCUUCUCUGAGGCCCUAAUGGGCUCUCUGCCAGCUCCCAGGGUCAACAUUUCGAGGCCAUUCUCGCACUGUGGCGUUGACUACGCCGGUCCCGUCGGUAUACGGGAAGGUAAGCGCCGUAACUCUCGAAUACGCAAGGCCUAUAUAGCCGUCUUUGUGUGCCUUGCCACCAAGGCGGCACACUUAGAACUCGUGAGCGAUCUUACUACCGAGGCAUUCAUCGCGGCUCUCAAGCGACUCAUGUCUCGUCGAGGCAAGCCCGAGAAAAUGUACUCGGACAACGCGACUACUUUCGUUGGGGCGCAAAGGCAGAUCAAGGAGCUUUACGAUUUCCUUCGAAAUGAUCCUGCACGUGGCGACAUAGAAAACUUUUUGCGCGAUCAACACACUGUGUGGAGCUUUAUUCCUCCCCAUGCUCCUCAUCAAGGAGGGCUGUGGGAGGCAGCUGUAAAGGCGGCUAAACGUCAUCUCGCCCGCAUAGUAGGCGCGAAUAACUUGACAUUCGAAGAAAUGCAAACAAUACUGUGCGAGAUCGAGGCCAUCUUAAAUUCCAGGCCAUUAGUUCCAUUAAGCUCUGACCCAAAUGACAUGUCUUACAUAAGCCCUGGGCAUUUUCUGGUUGGCACCCCUUUGAACAGUUUUCCUAUAAGAGAUUUAAACGAUGUAAACACGAAUGUACUUACGCGUUGGCAAGUACUGGAGCAAAUGCGACAGCAUUUUUGGCGAAGAUGGAGCUCUGAAUACCUAAAUCUUCUUCAAGAGCGACACAAGUGGAAAAAAUCCAAGGGCCAGCAGCUACAGCCAGGGCAGCUCGUAUUAAUAAAGCAGCAGGGGACAGCACCCCUCCAAUGGAUAACUGGACGCGUCGAGAACGUCCAAACGGGGGCCGACGGCGUGUCCCGCUCGGCCACCGUCAAGACUGCCAAGGGCUCAUACGUCAGACCGCUGACGAAACUAGCUAUAUUGCCCACAUAA